CAUCCGAGCUUAUCGUCGUUGAGCUCUUUGAAGAGAGCAAAAAAGCCCUAAUUUCAGAGCCUGACACUCUUCGUAAGCUGAUCUCUCCCAUCUCUUGCUUUAAAGCAGUUCUCAGCAACUAAUAACCCUGGUUAAGCUGCAAAUUCCAUCGACCAUGGCGCUCCAUACAUCUAAUUUGUGCUGCAAUGGUUAUGUUACCCUUAUCGGCAACCGGACGAGCGUGCGCCGUUCCCAUAGUUAUGAUAUUGGCUUGGUUAGAGCGUCUAGAGGAGGAUGCGGAUUUCGUUUUCCCUCUAGUCUUCGUCACGUCAGUUCAUGGAAUGGAAAUUUCAGGCCCUGCAAACAGACUUCUAGGAUGCUAUCAUUUCGACCUUGCCAACUGAAAGGCGAGAACUCGAGUGGCGAAAGCACUACACUCGAUGCAGAAACUUUGGAGCAGGACCURCAAAAUGCCAUUGCAGAUGAAGACUACGCCAGAGCUGCACAAAUCAGAGAUACCUUGAAAGCUCUUCAAGAGGAUAGCAAAUCUUCAGUACUGGCAGCCAAUGCCAAGUUUUACGAAGCGUUUCGGACCGGUGAUCUUGCUGCCAUGCAAGCUCUCUGGGCACGAGGAGAUAGUGUGUGCUGCGUGCACCCGGGCGCGAGGGGGAUAUCUGGGUAUGACGAUGUCAUGAUCAGCUGGGAGUAUGUAUGGGCAAACUAUGAGUUCCCACUAGAGAUUCAACUUAAGGAAAUUCAAGUUCAUGCCAAAGGGGAUGUGGGUUAUGUUACAUGUGUGGAAUUGGUGAAGACGAAAGGUAGCAGUUGGGGGGGACAGUUUGUUACCAACGUGUUUGAGAGAAUUAAUGGUCAAUGGUUCAUCUGUAUUCACCAUGCCUCACCUAUAGAUUUGUAAUCAAUUAUUGCCAAACCUCUCGUUUUAUUCAAAGAAGAUUUCUGUCUCUACA